UUCUCUCGGGUAACAUCGAGUAAAAGUUUUAGGUGUAUGGCAAAGUAGCAUAAUUUGCACAACAUGGAUUAAUGCUUUACAUAAAGAACGUAUUAAUUUUUAAGUGAAUAUUAAAGAAAUAAAGAUAAACGAUGAAUGUCGCGGGCGGAGUUGGAUAUACACGAUCAGAGGUAUUCGUACUUGUGGCAAGAACAUCUAUUUUUGCGGCUAUUGGAUUUUUUAGCAUGAAAUGGAUUUUAAAUCAAUUGGAUCCCACGAUCACAGCAAAAAAGAGAGCCAAGGAAAGGGCACGCGAGCAGUUACAAAAAUUGACCAAAAUGGAUAAUCUAUUAUGGUCAGUAGACCCGGACCAGUUGACAGAUUAUGAAAUGAUGAUAGCAAACCACAUAGUGAAUCCUGGAGAGAUUAGAGUUUCAUGGGAGAAUAUUGCAGGUCUCGAAAAUAUUAUUCAAGAACUUAAAGAAACAGUUAUAUUACCUAUACAACGAAAAGAAUUGUUUGAAGGCUCUCAAUUAACUCAGGCACCGAAAGGGGUAUUGUUACAUGGGCCACCAGGUUGUGGUAAAACAAUGAUCGCUAAAGCAACUGCCAAAGAAACUAAAAUGUGCUUUAUUAACUUAGAUGUAAGCAUUUUGACUGAUAAAUGGUACGGAGAAAGUCAAAAACUAACUGCAGCAGUAUUUUCACUCGCUGUAAAAUUUCAACCAUGCAUCAUCUUUAUCGAUGAAAUAGAUUCGUUCUUAAGAACCAGAAAUUCACAGGAUCAUGAAGCCACCGCGAUGAUGAAAGCACAAUUUAUGUCUCUUUGGGAUGGAUUGAUAACAGAUUCAUCUUGCACGGUAAUAGUUAUGGGUGCUACCAAUAGGCCACAGGACUUGGACAGAGCAAUUCUUAGACGGAUGCCAGCUACUUUUCACAUUUCCUUACCAAAAGAGCCUCAACGAGUGCAAGUUUUAAAAUUAAUAUUAGAAAAUGAGCCAAUAGACGAUGAUGUGGAUAUCUCGAGACUGGCAAAUAUAACGGAAGGUUUUUCUGGUUCAGAUUUACGGGAACUUUGUAGAAAUGCAUCUGUUUAUCGCGUUCGAGACUAUUUGCGCACUCAUACACAAAAAUCAAGUAUGUAUACCGAUGAUGAAGAAUAUGAUAGUAUACGAUCUAUUAUGAUGGAAGAUCUUCUUACAUCAUAUAACAAGAUAAGAGCAUCUAAGAUACAUACGGGUAUUCUGAGUGUAUACUAAUAUCAAUACAAAAAAACAAACCAAUUAAUAUUAAACUUUUACAUUUUUCGUUCAAAUAUGUCGGUGAUUUUAGGUUAACUACAUCAAGGGUGAAAUGACACCGAUGUAAUGUUACUUAAUCUCUAAUGCAGCUAGGUAAUUGAAUAUCAAAACAUUGGGACAGUUCUUCCAUAAGAACACGAUAUGAGAUCUAAAAGUCUCAACAGUAAAAACGUGUUUAGAUAUAUUUAAACUUCUAAUUUUGUUAAUUUACAAUGACAUUAAAUUAUUUCAAAAGUACAUAAUUGGUGCGCUAAUUAACAAUUUUAAAGCAAGGUUUACGCCUGUUAAAUAUAUGUAAUAUACAUGUAACAUGAAAUUGUAGAAUGUAUUAAUUAAAAAGAGAACAACUUUAUAACAAAUGGGAUGCAGUUCAGCCGUAUAUAUCGCGUACAUUUAACGUGAUUCAUAAUUUUACGAAGGGUAUAGAAAAGCGUGUAUUUUUUAAAGAUCCUUUACUGAUUUGAUUAAAAUCGAAUAAAAUCUUCCUGUACUUAUA